AUGGCGCCAUUCGCUCUUUUCACCCAUCGCAGCUUUCGACGCGGCGCAACAAGUCAGUUGACCUCGGUGCCAGAGUCUGCCUCUGCCCAGCAGAAGACAGACAUGGGGGGCAUACCAUCCAAAGUCGCUUCUCAAGUCAAUGAGUCUUCGCAAAAGAAGUUGAAGCACCGCUCGUCUUCGCUCAACUUACUCAAGCGCAAUCGCAAUCCAUCUGGACAUGCUGCAGUGCGGACCUCUGUUGUUCCGCAGUCCCCGCCCAGUGUGGACACAAGCACCACCGAAGACGCCGAGUCAGAAGCAGAUUAUACCAGAUCAUCCCUAGGACAACGCUCGGGUUCGGAAUCCACGGUGAAAACGCUCAGCGACUCGGUACACUCUAAGAGAUAUGAGAGCAGCAAGGACGAUGGCUUCGAGUCAGAUGCCAGUUCAACAAGGACAGCCACACGCGUUACCCCUCCAUCCGGACUGCAGAAGGAAUGGCAAGACGAAAUCAUCCACUUUGGUGCAGAAGAUGAACCGAGCGGCAUGAGCACACCGGUACCACCACCACCACCCAAGACUCCACAAAUCCAACUUCCAACUCCGCCAUUCUUGACCGAAGACAGUCCUACCAAAUAUGGCUUGCGCGUUACUCAAAGCCCCUCACCUGAUCGCUCUAUGGCCGCCUCACAACGCCAGAAGAUGACGGGCGCUGGACUGUUCGUGCAUGCCGCUACCCAGCAAAGGUCCGCGACUUUAACGUUGCCAAUUGGCCAAGCAAAACCAGGCGCCAAAGAUGCAAGCCACCUGUUCGCUCAUAGCUCACCAUCUCUCCCCCUUUCCGACAGAACAAACCUCUCAAACGAUCAGUCAAAGUCAUUGCCAAGCCGAAACCUGCGACCCGACUUUGAUCAACCUUUCAAGGAAGCGCCUCAGGAACAUGUCGCUCACGCCCUUCCACUUCGAACGUCGCAAAAGACAUGCUAUCGCCAUCACGACAUUUGGCAACGCAUGGGUUCCAACUACAAGCAUCCGGUAGCUUGCGCCAUCUGCGAUGGUUACGAAGCUCCAGGCGACGACUUCAUGACAUGCCUCUGGUGCGAGGUUCAUGUUUGUGGUCAUUGUUAUUCCACAUUUAUUAGUGGUGGAGUGACAGCCAUGAUGGAGCGUCAGCAGAAAGGAUGA